UUCCAACAGCCGAAGGUCUUGCAGUAAGUCGCCAUCAAUUUCUGCAAGUCGGAAGUUUUUUUUUCUCUAGAUAAUGUCUGAAAUAAGUACUUCUUCUCCUGCUAAUGGUACAACUCGCUGCAGCCGUCAGAUGAGUUUCGGGAGAAAAGAGUACGAGUUUCUGAAGGAGAUCGGGCUCGGGCCCAGGAAUUUAGGUUGCUAUGUUAAUGGGGUGUGGCAAGGGAAUGGGCCGGUGGUAACUUCAGUGAAUCCAGCUGAUAAUCAGCCAAUUGCUGAAGUUUCAGAAGCUUCCCUUGAAGACUAUGAAGAGGGCAUGCAAGCAUGUGAUCAAGCCACCAAGAUAUGGAUGCAGAUUCCAGCACCAAAGAGAGGUGAAAUUGUGAGGCAGAUUGGCGAUGCACUCCGAGUCAAACUCCAUCAUCUUGGUCGGCUCGUUUCUCUAGAAAUGGGGAAAAUACUUGCUGAAGGAAUAGGGGAGGUUCAGGAAAUAAUUGAUAUGUGUGAUUUUGCUGUGGGAUUAAGUCGUCAGCUUAAUGGAUCAGUUAUACCUUCUGAACGACCAAACCACAUGAUGUUGGAGACGUGGAAUCCCUUAGGGAUAGUUGGUGUAAUUACGGCGUUCAAUUUUCCUUGUGCUGUACUAGGAUGGAAUGCAUGCAUCGCUCUAGUUUGUGGAAAUUCUGUAGUCUGGUGGGACUUAUGGUCCAACAAACGGUAAAUCAAAGAUUUGGCAAGUGCCUUCUUGAGCUUAGUGGGAACAAUGCUAUAAUAGUCAUGGAUGAUGCUGAUAUUGAACUUGCCGUCCGUUCGGUUUUAUUUGCUGCUGUUGGUACUGCUGGUCAGCGGUGCACCACGUGCCGUAGGCUGCUUCUUCAUGAGACCAUUUAUCAAAAAGUGCUUGACCGGCUAGUCGAUGUGUACAAGCAAGUGAAGGCUGGAAAUCCAUUGGAAAAGGGUACCUUGCUUGGGCCACUGCAUACUCGUGCUUCGAGGGAAAAUUUUGUCAAGGGAAUAGAGAAAAUCAAAUCUCAGGGAGGAAAAAUUGUAGCAGGUGGUAGUGUUAUUGAGUCCCAAGGUAAUUUUGUGCAACCCACCAUAGUCGAGAUUUCUUCUUCUGCUGAGGUUGUGAAGGAAGAGUUGUUUGGACCUGUUCUCUAUGUAAUGAAGUUUCAGACACUGAAAGAAGCUAUUGAAAUAAACAAUUCUGUGCCCCAAGGUCUCAGUAGCUCCAUCUUCACCCGCAGACCUGAAAUUAUAUUCAAAUGGAUUGGGCCACAAGGAAGUGAUUGUGGCAUUGUAAAUGUCAAUAUCCCAACAAAUGGUGCUGAAAUUGGUGGCGCUUUUGGUGGUGAGAAAGCUACUGGAGGCGGCCGUGAAGCUGGAAGUGAUUCUUGGAAACAAUAUAUGAGGCGUUCAACUUGCACAAUCAAUUAUGGAAGUGAAUUGCCUCUUGCCCAAGGAAUAAACUUUGGAUAGGUGACUAUGAAGAGCAAUCAAAUUUGGCAGGAUGAAGCAAAUUAGUAACUUUGUCGAGGCAUGUUUGCUUGUGUUUAGUCAUUCACAGCCAUUUCCAGAUUUGUAUGAUACCAAAUUUGCCUGCCUCUUAAGGUGUUCUUUUUGGCUCCUCAGCCUGGAAUAAUUUCUGCAUGAAGUUAUGAAAUAAAUGUGACUGAAUAUAAUAUUUUUAUUCACUUUUGUUUCGCGAGAUAAUAGUUUUUUUCACUUAAACAUUUCAUGUAUUCUUACAUUUCUCUUCUCAAUCCUAUCAACACAAUUAAAACAAAAUAAAUCAAUUAUCA